AUGAGGCACAACUUACCUCACACCUCACCUCCUCAGAACCAUAACACUCACACAGGGCACAACUUACCUCACACCUCACCUCCUCAGAACCAUAACACUCACACAGGGCACAACUUACCUCACACCUCACCACUUCAGAACCAUAACACUCACACAGGGCACAACUUACCUCACACCUCACCACUUCAGAACCAUAACACUCACACAGGGCACAACUUACCUCACACCUCACCUCCUCAUAACCGUAACACUCACACAGGGCACAACUUACCUCACACCUCACCUCCUCAUAACCGUAACACUCACACAGGGCGCAACUUACCUCACACCUCAUCUCCUCAUAACCGUAACACUCACACAGGGCGCAACUUACCUCACACCUCACCUCCUCAUAACCGUAACAUUCACACAGGGCGCAACUUACCUCACACCUCACCUCCUCAUAACCGUAACACUCACACAGGGCACAACUUACCUCACACCUCACCUCCUCAGAACCGUAACACUCACACAGGGCACAACUUACCUCACACCUCAUCUCCUCAUAACCGUAACACUCACACAGGGCACAACUUACCUCACACCUCAACUCCUCAUAACCGUAACACUCACACAGGGCACAACUUACCUCACACCUCACCUCCUCAGAACCGUAACACUCACACAGGGCACAACUUACCUCACGCCUCACCUCCUCAGAACCGUAACACUCACACAGGGCACAACUUACCUCACGCCUCACCUCCUCAGAACCGUAACACUCACACAGGGCACAACUUACCUCACGCCUCACCUCCUCAUAACCGUAACACUCACACAGGGCACAACUUACCUCACGCCUCACCUCCUCAUAACCGUAGCACUCACACAGGGCACAACUUACCUCACACCUCACCUCCUCAUAACCGUAGCACUCACACAGGGCACAACUUACCUCACACCUCAUCUCCUCAGAACCGUAACACUCACACAGGGCACAACUUACCUCACACCUCAUCUCCUCAUAACCGUAGCACUCACACAGGGCACAACUUACCUCACACCUCAUCUCCUCAUAACCGUAACACUCACACAGGGCACAACUUACCUCGCACCUCAUCUCCUCUCCUCAUAACCUGUAACCAUAGCACUCACACAGGGCACAACUUACCUCACACCUCACCUCCUCAGAACCAUAACACUCACACAGGGCACAACUUACCUCACACCUCACCUCCUCAGAACCAUAACACUCACACAGGGCACAACUUACCUCACACCUCACCUCCUCAGAACCAUAACACUCACACAGGGCACAAUUUACCUCACACCUCACCUCCUCAGAACCAUAACACUCACACAGGGCACAACUUACCUCACACCUCACCUCCUCAGAACCAUAACACUCACACAGGGCACAACUUACCUCACACCUCACCUCCUCAGAACCAUAACACUCACACAGGGCACAACUUACCUCACACCUCACCUCCUCAGAACCAUAACACUCACACAGGGCACAACUUACCUCACACCUCACCUCCUCAUAACCGUAGCACUCACACAGGGCACAACUUGCCUCACACCUCACCUCCUCAGAACCAUAACACUCACACAGGGCACAACUUACCUCACACCUCACCUCCUCAGAACCGUAACACUCACACAGGGCACAACUUACCUCACACCUCACCUCCUCAGAACCGUAACACUCACACAGGGCACAAGUUGCCACACACCUCAUCUCCUCAUAACCAUAACACUCACACAGGGCACAACUUACCUCACACCUCACCUCCUCAGAACCGUAACACUCACACAGGGCACAACUUACCUCACACCUCACCUCCUCAGAACCGUAACACUCACACAGGGCACAACUUACCUCACACCUCACCUCCUCAGAACCGUAACACUCACACAGGGCACAACUUACCUCACACCUCACCUCCUCAGAACCGUAACACUCACACAGGGCACAACUUACCUCACACCUCACCUCCUCAGAACCGUAACACUCACACAGGGCACAACUUACCUCACACCUCACCUCCUCAGAACCGUAACACUCACACAGGGCACAACUUGCCUCACACCUCACCUCCUCAGAACCGUAACACUCACACAGGGCACAACUUGCCUCACACCUCACCUCCUCAGAACCGUAACACUCACACAGGGCACAACUUGCCUCACACCUCACCUCCUCAUAACCGUAGCACUCACACAGGGCACAACUUGCCUCACACCUCGCCUCCUCAGAACCAUAACACUCACACAGGGCACAACUUACCUCACACCUCAUCUCCUCAUAACCAUAACACUCACACAGGGCAUAGUUCACAUUAUCAACCAGCUUAA